AUGACAGUUCGCGAUUCUAAAACAGGCGGCAUCACACCGAUUGCGGUUGUGGGUAUGAGUUUCCGCGGACCAGGUGAUGCAACAAACGUUGAGAAAUUGCUAAACAUGAUUUCUGAGGGCAGAGAGAGCCGGGCAGAAGUUCAAGCGAAGAAAUGGGAUCCAGAGGGUUUCUAUCAUCCGGACUCGAGUCGUCAUGGUACUCACAAUGUCGAGUACGGCCAUUGGUUCCAACAGGACGUCUACAAUUUUGAUGCGCCAUUUUUCAACGUGUCGCCAGCAGAAGCUGCUGCACUCGAUCCACAGCAGAGAAUGUUGCUUGAGUGUUCUUAUGAGGCAUUCGAAAACUCUGGAACGCCAAUGUCAAAAAUAGUUGGGACCGAUACUUCUGUGUUUGUAUCCUCAUUUGCGACAGACUACACUGAUAUGCUGUGGAGGGACCCAGAGAGCGUGCCUAUGUACCAAUGUACGAAUUCUGGGUUCUCACGUUCGAAUCUGGCAAAUCGAAUAUCGUACUCAUUCGACUUGAAAGGACCUAGUGUACUAGUUGACACGGCUUGCUCUGGUGGACUGACUGCACUUCAUCUUGCGUGCCAGAGUUUACUUGUUGGCGAUGUGAGACAAGCUCUUGCGGCCGGUUCUAGCUUGAUCUUGGGUCCUGAAAUGAUGGUAACUAUGAGUAUGAUGAAAUUUUUAUCCCCUGACGGGAGGUGCUACGCCUUUGACGAGCGUGCCAAUGGUUAUGCACGGGGCGAGGGAGUUGCAGUUCUGCUGCUAAAGCGACUUGAAGAUGCUCUUGCGGAUAAUGAUACGAUUAGAGCUGUCAUCCGGGGCACAGGUUGUAAUCAAGACGGUAAGACGCCAGGGAUUACUAUGCCAAAUAGCGUUUCGCAGGAGGCUUUGAUAAGGUCGGUAUACAAAAAGGCUGCUCUUGAUCCACUGGAUACAACCUAUGUCGAAUGCCAUGGCACUGGGACGCAGGCCGGUGACACAACCGAAGCCAGUGCCCUCUCGAAGGUUUUCAGUCCUGGGCGUCGAUUACCACUUCUGAUCGGAUCUGUGAAGACAAACAUCGGCCACCUUGAAGGUGCAAGCGGCCUAGCAGGUGUUGUCAAAUCUAUACUUAUGUUGGAGCAAGGCGUCAUUCUUCCAAAUCGGAAUUUUGAGAGACCAAACACGAAAAUCCCGCUGGAAAAAUGGAACUUGCGUGUACCUACAACUUUAGAGUGUUGGAAUAAUGUGAAAACACGUCGCGUAUCCAUUAAUAGCUUUGGAUACGGUGGGGCGAAUGUACAUGCAAUCUUAGAGAGUGCUACGGAUUUCCUUCGCGACAAUAGCAUGGGCACUGAUUCUACUCGUUUCGCGAGUAGACGGAGCGUUGUAGUCGGUAACGUUGGCCAAACAAAACCCGCUGUUUCGCUCGUCCAAGAUAUGUCCAGCAAUGACCGCUCUCAUGAAGAUCCCACUCCUCUGUUAUUCGCUCUCUCUGCAUUCGACUCUUCUGCAGGCGAUGCAUGGGCUAGAUCCCUCUCGAUCUAUUUAUCUCAGCGCCAGGGUUCAGAUGAAAAAACAAUCCUUUCAAGCCUCGCCUACACGCUAUCGGACCGGCGUACCUGGCACCCCUGGAAAGCUGCGUUGAGCGCUACAACCAUUCAAGAGCUCAUUACAAAGCUAGAGAAAGUACGAUUUGUUAACAUGGCGCCUCGCCACAAUAUUGGGUUUGUGUUCACUGGACAAGGCGCACAGUGGUGCGGCAUGGGACGCGAGCUUAUUAGUAUUUUUCCCCGGUUUCGUCAAAGUCUAAUCGCAUGCGAUAUAGCGCUUCAGAGUUUUGGAGCAGACUUUCAUGUCAUUGAUGAACUAGAAGCAGAUGUUGAAUCUUCUCGGAUCAACAAGGCAUUAUAUAGCCAGCCAUUAUGCACAGCAUUGCAAAUUGCACUCGUGGACCUGCUUGUCUCAUGGGGAAUUUACGCACAGUCUGUUACUGGACACUCCAGUGGUGAGAUUGCAGCAGCCUAUGCAGCCGGUGCACUCAGUCUCUCAGAUGCCAUGCUAGUGGCCUAUGCACGAGGUUGUGCGACCGCUAAUCUAGCCAAGAAGGGUGCAAAAGGAGCAAUGGCUGCAGUCAGUAUGGAGACACAAGAAUUGAGUCACAUCUUAUCUGCUUUGGAAAACGGAAAAGUGGGGAUUGCAUGCUUCAACAGUCCAACGAGUUGCACGGUAUCUGGAGAUAAGAGUGCUCUCGAUGAAUUGCAAGACGUCCUUCGACAAAAGGGAGUUUACAAUCGACGGCUGAUUGUUGAUGUUGCAUAUCACUCCCACCACAUGGAGCUUAUUGCAGACAGCUACCGAAGCGCUAUUUCCAGUAUCCAGCCUCUACCAGGCAGCGAUGUGAAGUUUUUCUCUUCCGUGACAGGGGAAUUACUUGACAAAAAUAAGCUCGGAGUAGAUUAUUGGGUGAGCAACUUGGUAGGCCAAGUGAAAUUCGCCCAAUCAUUAAGCUCGUUGGUCAGCUCCCACCAUGGUACCGGUACCCCGCAGAUCCAAGCCUUGAUCGAAAUUGGUCCACACGCAGCUCUCGGGGGGCCAAUCAGCCAAGUUAUAGAUUCUGAACCACUCGCGAACCCCACAGGGUAUUUUUCUGCCCUAGUACGGAAGAAGAACGCGGUAACUACUAUACUUUCCCUUGCGGCCGACCUAUUCUUGUCUGGAUAUCCUAUUCAACUCUCGGCUGUGAACCAAAAUUGCAACUCCAGGCAUACCCCGCUCGUUGAUUUGCCGUCAUAUUCUUGGAAUCAUUCCAAGGCCUACACGGCCGAGUCGAGAAUCAGCAAAACUUACCGGCAACGACGAUAUCCUAGACUGGACCUCAUCGGCGUGUUUGAUGUUCAUUCGAGCGUGCUAGAGCCUCGCUGGCGACAAGUCAUCCGCUUGUCGGAACUGCCUUGGCUACAGGACCACAAGAUCCAGUCUUCCAUCCUCUACCCAGUAGCGGGGUAUAUCGCGAUGGCCAUUGAGGCGGCAACUCAACGUAACCAGAUGAGAGAGAUGGGAAACGAUAUCUUGGGAUAUCAGUUUCGUGACGUCGCGAUCAGCUCUGCUCUUACAAUACCUGACAUGCCUGGCCAAGUCGAAGUUUUUAUUACACUGAGAUCUUUUUCUGAAAGUGUACGAUCACCAUCGAAUCUUUGGGAUGAGUUUUCUAUUUCGUCCGUAAACGACGAAAAUCGAUGGACGGAACAUUGUCGCGGCCUUAUAUCCGUACUGAAAUCGUCCAAAUUAUCUAACCUAGUCAACGGCAAAAUGCAGGACGCGUCAACAAUAGCAUGUCAGCACGACCUUCGCGAAGUUUUUGCAACUUGUUGCAAGACAGAAUGGGAUGUUAAGGAUAUGUAUGAGCACUUUUGGGAGACAGGGAUGCAAUAUGGUCCAACUUUUGCAAACCUCUGUGAUGUGCGUUGCACAUCCAACAAAUGCAUUGGCAAAGUAAAGGUUCCAGACACAGCAGCUGUUAUGCCGAUGAAACAUGAAGCUCCUUUCAUCAUCCACCCAGGCACGCUAGACAGCAUCAUCCAAACAUACCUACCAGCAUUAGUGCAGGCCGGCCAUCUAAAGAGUGCGACCAUUCCAGUCGCAAUCGAGAGCAUGUUCAUUUCCCGAAACGUGACACGACAGGCAGGGGAUUUACUCACGUCUUAUGCAUCGUCAACUCGCAAAGAUUAUCGAUAUUUUUCCACGAGUAUGUCAGUUUUUGCCGACGGACCUAGCUCAGAAAAUCAAUUAGUAAUCACGAUAGACGACAUGACGUUGGUGGCUCUGGACAGGCCAAAUUCAAGCGAAGAGAGCGGGGAAGCAUUGCCAUUGGCGUUCAAUCUACACUGGAAGCCUGAUGUAGACAUGUUGACUGAAGAACAGCUAGUCGAGAUGAUAAAUGCCUCUACAAAAGUCAAGGACCAUAUCGCGGCAAAAAAGAUGAAGCAGACUGCGGCACAGCUAGGCAAAGAAAUACUCGCGAGGGUGCCUUUUGAACAAGCACAAGUGGUUGGAGAAUCGUCACGGCACCUUUGGAAGCUCUUACAUGCUUCAUUAGAGAGUUUAUCAACACCGGAUCACAGGGGCGCCCUGGAUGAAAUCUCCUCACUGAAAAAUGUCGAUUCAACGCUAGCACAGGCAGCUGAUAGACUGUCGAACGUCCUCACGGGACGGGUCGCUCCUAGCGAUGUCGCCUCAAUGUACGAUCUCAUGGAGGCAGUUAGAAUACCUGAACUUUACGAUAAUAACCUACCGACCGCAACGUAUCUCCAUCUUCUAGGGCACAAAAAACCGAGUCUGAGAGUGUUAACUGUAGGACCUCAGUCAGGACCUACGUCUCUGAACUUGCUCAUGCUCCUAGCUGAGUUAGGGGGCGGUGAGAUCCCUUUCGCUGUCCUCCAUCAUAGUGACGCAGAGCUCAAUAUUGAUCAGACCGUCAGGUCGAGGUUUCCAUCAUGGGCUGAUUCGGUGGGUUUCAGAGACGUCUUCAAUGAGAGUGGAGCAUCACAGCAAAAUCCUCCUAUCGUCAACGAGACUUAUGAUAUCGUUGUUGCGUUUAACGUGUUAGGGUCCAGUCCAGGGUUUUCGAAGACACUGUCGGCUGCCGCACCUCUAUUGAACGCUCGAGGCAAGAUUCUUCUUGUAGAUAAUUCGCACAAGUCGCCCAUGGCUGCGUUGGUUUGGGGCCCGUUGCCCAGCUUCCUGUCAACCUGGGUCGAUGAGAAAUCAGCCGACUCGCCAGACGUUGACUGUGCAGUGCAAAGCAUGGGUUACGAUAUUUAUGCAAGGCUCUGUCCAAACGUCACAGUUAUACAGAGAGCAGCCCAAGUUCAAAAAGCCGAGAAGACGAUCGGCCUGGAUGUACUCGUGGUGACUGACGGAGAACCGGCUGGAGUCGACUUGCAGCAAUUGCAAACACUCUGCGAAGAUCAGUAUGCGGAAGUGCAUGUGGCGUCGCUCGAACACGCUCGCCCAAGACCAGGACAAGCAUGCAUAGUGCUAAGUGAACUAUCGAGACCCGUAUUGGCGGCGCCGACGGCAGCCGAAUGGGAGGCGGUGAAGAGAAUCACAGAUACGUGUUCAGGCAUAGUUUGGGUAACAAGGGGUGCAGCAGAUAAUGUCUGCUCUAAUCCUCAAGUCUCACUGAUACAAGGGUUUGCCCGCACAGUUCGGGCCGAAGCUGGUGAUAAGCCCAUUACGACGCUAGAUCUCGACAACGAUAAGGUACUUUCGGCGCAGGCCGCAGCGGCAUACAUUGCCGCCGUUUUUCAACGAAUGAUGCAGGGUGGCGAAGACAUUGACGUAGAGCUGCAGGAACGGCGCGGCAUUCUCCAUGUCGCGAGGCUAAUCGAGGACGGCGAUGCGGCGAAACAGCUGCAGGGAGAGGCGACAGCGAUGGAGCUUCGCCUGGACCAGGCGGGGCCUUGUCGCUUGUUUGCGGGCACACCCGGUCUGCUCGACAGUCUGCACUUCACGGUGGACGACCGCGUUCAAGAGUCAUUGGAGACUGGUCAGAUUGAGGUGCAGGUCCACGCAACAGGCAUUAACUUCAAAGAUGUCAUGAUGGCUAUGGGCCAGAUCGCCGUCGAAGACUUAGGUUGUGAGUGUAGCGGUGUCGUAUCCGCUGUAGGAGACGGUGUUGUUGGGUUAAGAGUAGGGGACCGCGUCGCGUGCAUGGGGCCAGGAUCCUUCUGUACACAGCUGCGGGUUGAUGCAAGGCUGGCCCAUCGCAUUCCGCAUCACAUGGAGCUAGAGACAGCUGCGGCGCUUCCCAUCACCUAUGUGACGGCGUAUCACUCGAUCCACAAUAUUGCUCAUCUGCGCCAUGGUGAGACCAUCUUGAUCCACGCUGCUGCCGGCGGGCUGGGACAGGCUCUAGUUGAACUUAGCCAGCUGGUCGGCGCACGCGUUCUCGUCACUGUUGGCAGCACAGAGAAGAAACGUUUAAUCAUGCAACGUUUCAGAUUGUCGGAAGAGGACAUUCUUUUCAGCCGCGACACUAGCUUUGUCCACGAUGUGAUGCGACUGACAAACGGCCGUGGCGUCGACGUAAUCAUGAACUCUCUAGCUGGAGAGUCGUUGCGUCAGUCCUGGACCUGCAUUGCACCAAAUGGACGUUUUGUUGAGCUGGGCCAGCGUGAUAUUACUGUCAACUCGCGACUGGAUAUGGCUCCCUUUGCACGCAAUGUUUCGUUCACGGCUUACAACCUAGCCUACAUGCUGCGCCAUGACCCGCAGGCAGCGCAUGAAGUUUUAGCUGAAGUGCUAGCUUUGUAUGACCAAGGCAAGCUCAGAGGGCCAGAACCUCUCGAGAAGUGUACCUUCUCGCAGCUAGGCAACGCGUUCCGCAAAAUUCAGACCGGCCGUCACAUGGGCAAAAUGGUUGCUGUCGCUAAUCCAGACGAUAUGGUCUGGUAUAAGCCUCCACCCGCCAGCCGGCGCACCCUCUUUCGCCCAGACGCCUCGUAUCUACUUGUUGGCGGAGUGGGUGGUCUUGGCAGUGCUACUGCUUUGUGGAUGUCGACGCGCGGAGCCCGUCAUCUGCUAUUGCUCAACCGCUCAGGUGCUGACACCGAGGCCGCUCGCACAACCCUCGCUACGCUGCGCGCCAACGGUUGCACAGCCACUGUCCUCGCUUGCGACGUUGCUGAUAAAGCCCAGCUUUCUUCUGUCCUAGCUGAAGCCAGAUCCAACUGGCCACCCAUUCGUGGUGUCAUUCAAGGCGCCAUGGUGCUGCGCGACUCCAUGCUUGCAAACAUGACGCUAGAAGACUAUAUGGCCGUCGUACGCCCAAAGGUGCAAGGCACAUGGAAUCUGCAAACUCACUUACCAGCAGACUUGGACUUCUUCAUCCUGGAGUCGUCUAUCAGCGGUAUCAUUGGGAAUCCUGGUCAGGCUGCGUAUGCUGCAGCCAAUACAUUCCUCGACGCCUUUGCACGCUGGAGGAGGGCACGCUGUCAGCCCGCCACUGUUAUUGAUAUUGGCGCUGUCCAUGGCAUUGGGUACCUAGAACGGAAUGUUGACGUAAAACUUUCUAUGGAGCGCCAGGGUUUCGCUUUUACCGAUGAGCAGCUUUUGAUGCGUCUUUUGGAGUUCGCCAUCUCCCACUCGUCGCGCGAGCCUCAUCGUGCUCAAAUUGUCACUGGCUUGGGUCCAUGGCAUCCUGACACUUCACUUCCUGGUCUGAACGCACCCCUGUUUUCGCGCUAUCGCAUGCUUUCGUGUCAAAACUCUACUGGCUCUACAGACGUCGAUACAUUGCGUGGCAUCUUGGCGCAAUCCUCAAGCUUUGAUAGUGCAGUAACUAUCGUGCUUAGUGCCCUUGUGGAUCAGGUUGUCUCUCGCACAGAGAUUCCUAUCGAAAAUGUACACACUACAAAGAGUUUACAAGACUAUGGUAUCGACUCUUUAGUUGCAGUUGAGCUGAGGAAUUGGCUGAUAAAAGAUAUGGACAGUGUUGUGCCGAUGCUGGAGCUGCUUGGUGCAGAAUCUUUAAGUGCGUUAGCGGUUAAAAUUGCUGCAAGGAGUCAGCUCAUCAGCACAAAUAAUAGGGGUUAA